CGGCACGGUACGGUACGGUACGGCUCGGCUCCGCUCCGUACGGCGCGGCCAGCCCAGCCCAGCCUCCCCGGGACCUCGCGAGUCUCCGCGGCUGGGGACACGCUGGAGCCCCCUGCCCCGCAGCGGAGGCGAGCCGCGAGUUGGCGCGGCGGCCGGAGUCCGCCCGGCUGCGCAGGUCCUGCAAGCUCCGUGAGUGCCAAGCAGUGAAUUAUGGGUUGGGUAGCCACCAAUGCAGCACGAAGACUGACUUUAUUUUUGGCCUCUUGAGGAUCACGUGCUUUAUGAAUUCACUCUCUCCUCCAUCUCAUUGCCACCUCCAUCAAUAUUGUCAACACUUCUAGGAAACCAGAAUUUGAGGCUUGGUCUUCAGCUCUGCCUUUCCUUCCUCCCUGAAGCAACGAGUGUCACCUUUGUAUUCCACCAAAACCAAUCACUGUGGGUUUUUUUGCCCUUCACAAAAGUAUGCUGGCUGGAGAAGUCACUUCAUAUGCCCUGUACUUCUGAGAUAAAAACCUCUGUAUCCUAAAGGAUAACUGAGAUCCUUCCUUGGGGAGGAGACAUUUCCUCUUGGUCACCUGCAGCUGUUAUCUCACUUUUCACUUACUCUUCCUCUCGCUGUCACUGUGUGUGCUCUCCUCCUCUUCCCAUUGGGUUUAGCGUUUGGUGUUGACUGUUAGGGUUCUCCUCCCAGUAGUGGGUCUUCUUUUUUCUCCUAGAGAAGAGCAGAUUACUGAAACAAUGGGCUUCACUCUGCACUCCGCCUGCUUCACCUUGAAGGUGAGUUUGCUGCUGGGCUCCUUGCUGGGUCUCUGUUUGGGUCUGGAGUUCAUGGGCAUCCCCAACCAGUGGGCCCGCUACCUCCGUUGGGAUGCGAGCACUAGGAGUGAACUGAGCUUCCAGUUCAAGACCAAUGUCUCUGCUGGGCUGCUCCUCUACUUUGAUGAUGGUGGUGUCUGUGACUUCCUCUGUCUGUCCCUUGUUGAUGGGCGCAUCCAGCUCCAGUUCAGUGUGGACUGUGCGGAGACUACAGUUAUCACAGACAAACAGGUCAAUGACAGCAACUGGCACUUCCUGAUGGUCAGCCGCAAUCACCUGCGGACGGUGUUAGUGGUGGAUAGUGAAGCCAAACCGGGCGAGGUGCGUCCACAACGCCAGUAUAUGAAUAUCGUCAGUGACCUCUUUGUUGGUGGAGUCCCACUGGACAUCCGUCCUGCUGCCUUGACCCUUGAUGGUGUUCUGGGUCAGCCUCCGUUUCAAGGAUUUAUCCUGGAUCUGAAAUACGGCAACUCUGAGCCACAGCUCCUGGGCAGUCAAGGGGUCCGUCUGGAAAUGGAAGGGCUUUGCACAGAAAACCCCUGUGAAAAUGGUGGCACUUGCUUCCUUCUGGAUGGUGAGCCACACUGUGACUGCUCAGCCACUGGAUAUACUGGCAAGCUGUGUUCUGAAGAUGUCAAUCAUAUUCCAGGCCUCUCACACCUGAUGAUGAGUGAACAAGCGCGAGAUGAGAACAUGGCCACUUUCCGUGGUUCCGAAUACCUUUGCUAUGACCUGUCGCAAAACCCCAUCCAGAGCAGCAGCGAUGAGAUAACUCUCUCCUUCAAGACAUGGCAACGCAAUGGGCUCAUUCUGCACACUGGCAAGUCAGCUGAUUAUGUCAACCUGGCCCUGAAAGAUGGUGCGGUCUCGCUGGUCAUUAACCUGGGGUCUGGGGCCUUUGAGGCCAUCGUGGAGCCGGUCAAUGGCAAAUUCAAUGACAACGCAUGGCAUGACGUUAAGGUGACACGCAACCUGCGGCAGGUGACAAUCUCUGUGGAUGGCAUCCUUACCACCACGGGCUACACACAGGAGGACUACACCAUGCUUGGUUCGGAUGACUUCUUUUACGUUGGAGGGAGCCCCAGUACUGCUGAUUUACCUGGCUCUCCAGUAAGCAACAACUUCAUGGGCUGCCUCAAAGAGGUUGUUUAUAAGAAUAAUGACAUUCGUCUGGAGCUGUCUCGUUUGGCACGGAUUGGUGAUACUAAGAUGAAGAUCUACGGGGAAGUGAAAUUCGUAUGUGAGAAUGUGGCUACCCUGGAUCCCAUCAGCUUUGAGACACCCGAGGCCUACAUUAGUCUGCCUAAAUGGAAUACCAAAAGGAUGGGCUCCAUCUCAUUUGAUUUCCGAACCACCGAACCCAAUGGACUGAUCCUUUUCACCCAUGGCAAGCCUCAGGAAAGGAAAGAUGCCAGGAGCCAGAAAAAUACGAAGGUAGACUUCUUUGCAGUUGAGCUUCUAGAUGGGAACCUCUACUUGUUGCUGGACAUGGGCUCUGGGACCAUUAAAGUCAAGGCCACCCAGAAGAAAGCCAAUGAUGGAGAGUGGUAUCAUGUGGAUAUUCAACGAGAUGGAAGAUCAGGUACAAUAUCAGUGAACAGCAGACGCACCCCAUUCACUGCCAGUGGUGAGAGUGAGAUCCUUGAUCUGGAAGGCGACAUGUACCUCGGUGGGCUGCCUGAGAACCGGGCAGGACUCAUCCUUCCCACAGAGCUCUGGACAGCGAUGCUGAACUAUGGCUAUGUCGGCUGUAUCCGAGACUUGUUCAUCGAUGGGAGAAGCAAGAACAUCCGGCAAUUGGCAGAGGCACAGAAUGCCGCAGGAGUCAAGUCUUCCUGCUCCCGCCUCAGCACCAAGCAGUGCGACAGCUACCCAUGCAAGAAUAAUGCCAUCUGCAAGGAUGGCUGGAACCGCUUCAUUUGUGACUGCACUGGCACCGGCUACUGGGGUAGAACAUGUGAGCGAGAGGCCUCUAUCUUGAGCUAUGAUGGCAGCAUGUAUAUGAAGAUCAUCAUGCCUAUGGUCAUGCACACAGAAGCAGAAGAUGUGUCCUUCCGUUUCAUGUCCCAGCGUGCUUAUGGGCUGUUGAUGGCAACCACCUCACGAGACUCUGCUGACACUCUGCGCCUGGAGCUGGAUGGCGGUCGUGUCAAACUUAUGGUCAAUUUAGACUGUAUCAGGAUAAACUGUAACGCCAGCAAGGGACCUGAAACUCUUUAUGCUGGGCAGAAGCUCAAUGACAACGAGUGGCACACUGUCCGGGUAGUUCGACGAGGAAAGAGCCUCAAGCUGAUGGUGGAUGAUGAUGUAGCUGAGGGCACGAUGGUUGGUGAUCACACCCGCUUGGAGUUCCACAACAUCGAAACAGGGAUCAUGACAGAGAAACGGUACAUCUCUGUUAUCCCCUCCAGCUUCAUCGGCCACCUCCAGAGCCUCAUGUUCAAUGGGAUGCUCUACAUUGACCUGUGCAAGAAUGGCGACAUUGACUAUUGCGAGUUGAAGGCACGCUUUGGUCUCCGCAACAUCAUAGCUGACCCUGUGACGUUCAAGACUAAAAGCAGCUACCUGAGCUUGGCCACCUUGCAGGCUUAUACAUCCAUGCACCUCUUCUUUCAGUUUAAGACAACAUCAGCUGAUGGUUUCAUCCUCUUUAACAGUGGUGAUGGCAAUGACUUUAUCGCAGUUGAACUAGUCAAGGGGUAUAUACACUAUGUGUUUGACCUUGGAAACGGACCUAAUGUUAUCAAAGGCAAUAGUGAUCGUCCUCUUAACGACAACCAAUGGCACAACGUUGUCAUCACCAGAGAUAACAGUAACACACACAGCCUAAAGGUCGAUACCAAGAUGGUCACUCAGGUUAUCAAUGGUGCCAAAAAUCUGGAUCUUAAAGGUGAUCUCUACAUUGCUGGCCUAGCUCAAGGCAUGUAUAGCAACCUUCCGAAGCUAGUAGCAUCACGUGAUGGAUUUCAGGGCUGUCUAGCUUCUGUGGACUUGAAUGGGCGUCUGCCUGAUCUAAUCAAUGAUGCUCUGCACCGCAGUGGGCAGAUUGAGCGUGGAUGCGAAGUUGAGUUGACCAAAGCUGACCUGCAAGGACCGAGCACUACCUGCCAGGAAGAUUCCUGUGCAAAUCAAGGCAUCUGUAAUCAGCAAUGGGAAGGCUUCACCUGCGAUUGCUCUAUGACUUCAUAUUCUGGGAGCCAGUGUAAUGACCCUGGUGCCACAUAUAUAUUUGGGAAGAGUGGCGGUCUCAUCCUGUACACCUGGCCAGCUAAUGACAGACCGAGCACAAGGACAGACCGUCUUGCUGUAGGCUUCAGCACAACAGUGAAGGAUGGCAUUCUUGUUCGGAUUGACAGUGCCCCUGGGCUUGGAGAUUUUCUGCAGCUGCACAUAGAGCAAGGCAAGAUUGGUGUAGUCUUCAAUAUUGGCACGGUGGACAUCUCUAUUAAAGAGGAAAGCACACCUGUAAAUGAUGGCAAAUACCACGUGGUACGCUUUACCAGGAAUGGUGGCAAUGCCACACUUCAGGUUGACAGUUGGCCAGUAAAUGAACACUACCCAACAGGCAACACUGAUAGUGAACGGUUCCAAAUGGUAAAACAGAAAAUUCCCUUCAAAUAUAACCGGCCCGUAGAGGAGUGGCUGCAGGAAAAAGAUGAUGCAACACCGCAUCACCACUUGACUUCAAGACCCGUCACGACGACCACCAAAAUUGGACGACAGUUAACGAUCUUCAACACCCAGGCGCAAAUAGCCAUAGGAGGGAAGGACAGAGGGCGUCUCUUCCAAGGCCAGCUCUCCGGUCUCUAUUACAAUGGCUUGAAAGUGCUGAACAUGGCAGCAGAGAACAACCCCAACAUUAAAAUCAAUGGAAGUGUCCGACUUGUUGGGGAGGUCCCUUCCAUCUUGGGAACAACACCCACAACCUCCGUGCCACCAGAAAUGUCUACUACAGUCAUGGAAACCACAACUACAAUGGCCACUACUACAACCCGAAAAAAUCGUUCGCCACCCAGCAUCCAGACAACAGAUGACAUUGUUUCAUCGGCUGAGUGUUCCAGUGAUGAUGAGGAUUUCAUCGACUGUGAGCCCAGUACAGGUAAGUCAGGAGGUGAAUUAAUUAUCCCUCUACUUGUAGAAGACCCUUUAGAUAUCCCUCCUAUUGCUACUCGUGCACCUUUCAUUACACUUCCCCCUACCUUUCGCCCCCUCCUCACCAUUAUUGAGACCACCAAAGAUUCCCUGUCCAUGACCUCUGAGGCGGGGUUACCUUGCUUGUCGGACCAAGGCAGCGAUGGUUGUGAUGAUGAUGGCUUGGUGAUAUCUGGGUAUGGCUCAGGGGAAACCUUUGACUCUAACCUACCCCCUACUGAUGAUGAAGAUUUUUACACCACCUUCUCCUUGGUAACAGAUAAGAGUCUUUCCACUUCAAUCUUCGAAGGUGGCUACAAAGCACACGCACCCAAGUGGGAAUCCAAGGACUUUAGACCUAACAAAGUCUCCGAAAUUGGUAGGACUACUACCACGUCUUUGUCCCCUGAGCUGAUCCGCUCCACAACUUCGUCCUCGACUGGGAUGGUUCCCAAAUUGCCAGCUGGCAAAAUGAAUAACCGUGAGCUCAAACCCCAGCCUGACAUAGUCUUGCUUCCGUUGCCCACUGCCUAUGAGCUAGACAGCACAAAGCUGAAGAGCCCGCUAAUCACUUCCCCCAUGUUCCGUAAUGUGCCCACAGCAAACCCCACAGAGCCAGGAAUCAGACGGGUUCCGGGGGCCUCAGAGGUGGUCCGUGAGUCAAGCAGCACAACGGGGAUGGUCGUCGGCAUAGUGGCUGCUGCCGCCCUCUGCAUCCUCAUCCUCCUGUAUGCCAUGUACAAGUACAGGAACAGGGACGAGGGGUCCUAUCAGGUGGAUGAGACGCGGAACUACAUCAGCAACUCAGCCCAGAGCAACGGCACGAUCAUGAAGGAGAAGCAGCAGAGCUCAAAGAGUGGCCACAAGAAACAGAAAAACAAGGACAAAGAGUAUUAUGUGUAAAAAAGAAUACUUAUUUAUAUAUAAAUAUAUAAAUACUUAAUGAGAUUUAACUGAAAUAUCAGAACCAUUGCAGCGAACGAGAUGAUUGGGAGAUAUCGUUUGUGGGAAAAAGUAUUGGGAAAAAAAAUUUCAGCAGUGACUGUUAAUGUCUCAGUCAUCGCUUGGAGUCAGCAAACUCUGCCCUAAUGUAUUAUAAAGCACACUUAGCAUUCUGGAGGUGGCACACACAGCUCUGCCCUGUUAGUGAACUUGGACGUCUCCAAAUCUCCUCCUCCGCUGAACUUUCUGCAAAGGUAGAAGACUUCAUGGCUUACUUGUUUCAUAUCUCCAAGUGAGUCUAACAAUGUUCGUGAUCCCUGACUGUAUCGAUAAUUUUUCAGUUUACUUAUUUAAAAAAAAAAAAAAAAAAGAAAAAGAAGGGAAAAGAAAAAAUGCGAUUAUUAAACAACAGAAAAAUGUUGAACAAACUUAUCUGGCCACGUCCAGAAUACAUAUAAAUUUUCGAGUUUGGAGGAGGGGAAUAAAUGAUUUUGGAGACUGCUGGUUUUUUGUUUUGGUUUUGUUUUGUUUCUUGGUUGUUUUUUGUUUGGUGUUUUUUGGUUCUUAGGGUUGUGGGAGGGAAGGGUGGAGAGGAACAGUGUGAGGGUGAACCAGGACAUGACCUGAGAAGAAAUCUCAGAACAAAAAAUAAUCCAUAAUAAAUAAAGAGAGACUAUUGCCAUAUAUGAACUCAAAAGCUACCCAUGGUGUUUACUCUGCAUAUCUGGUUGUGUUGUCUCUAGAAUCCGUUGUCUUGCAGUAAGUUGUUUGCUAACAACACAGUGAAAGUGUCUGAUGGGUGGUGCUAAAGAAAAUUAUCAUGGAAAGCUGGUUCCCUUGGAUCUGGCUCCAGUAUUUGCAAUUGAACUGAAGAGUAGAUGGGUUUGGGUCUGUUCUGAUCAGUCAUUGACUUUAUUUGAGAAUAUCACUUAGUAUGCAUUAGCACAGCCAAACUACGGUUAAGGGAUUUGAAGAUUCAAAAUAGAAUGCUUAAAAAACGGUUAACCAUUCAGAGCUGAAUAUACCUUGCUAAAAUAAAGGAGCCUUCCUCUGGGUUCUAGUUCUGUGACUGAUUGCAAUGCAUGCAAAAAAUAAUAAUAAAUCUGUUUAAUAAAGAGAUCAGAAAGACACCACUGGAGUUCAACUUGUGACAAGACCCAUAAAUGUCAGAAAAGCUAAAUACUUGUUAAAAAUGAAAAAUACAUAGUUUUUUUGACAUAAAACUGUUUUUCGUAUGUAAUAUUUUAAUUUUGUAGCUUGACAUUUCAGAUCAUCUCUGUCUUUCCAUUUGCCCUAUUCUCCCUUUUCCUUCUCUUUUAUAUAAAAGAAAAUAAAUGAAGCUGCUGUGACACACAAAAAUAAUAAAGACAAAGUAAUUUAAUAAUAUAAUAUAUAUAUACACACAGAUAUAUUUAUCAUGGUAUGUUUGACGGGACGACUGGAAUAGAAGUUCUGUUAUGGUUUUAAUGUGGAAUGAGAAUAUUCUUGAAGAACAAAGUAAAACAAAACAGACAACAAAAUCAAACUUUAAAAUGUGAAGAGUGUGUGUUUUAGCUUUGUCACAGUUACCUGUGUCAAAAAAAAAAACCACAAAAAUCUGAAAUUUUGUUUACAUAUUUUACUACUUUUUUUUUUUUUUUGCUAGUAUAAUUUCUUUAUGGAUACCCUGAUGGUGUAUAUACUGUUUUAUGUUUAAAUUGGCAAUGUCUUCUGUUUUUAUUUAACUUAUAAUUUAAUUUGCUUGUUUGGUUUCUAAAUUUUCCCAGUUAUUGUGAAAAGGAUUAUCUCUACUGUACAGAACAAUAGCCAGGCAGUUUGACGGCCAUGCCUAUAAUGUGCAAAUAAGCAAAUGAGGGAGAGAGAGACAGAGAGUAAAAACAAAAACCAGGAUGGAGACUCUGGAAUAUCAGAAAUGUACAAUUUUUCUGUAUAUGGAUGAAAACUAAUCAGCUGUUUAGGUUUAGAAAUCUACUCUUGCUGGUGUUUAUAAAUCGCAUGAAUAUUUGACUUUGAAGAAGUGUCAUCAAAUGCACACACGCACAUGGGAACUUAAAUUCAAAGAAACAGCCUUCUCAAACAUUUAGAGAAGAUGCUUUCAUGUUAACAAUAUUUUCAGUGCGAGUAUGUGUGCGUGUGUGUGGUGUGUGUGUGAGGUUGAGCUUUUUUUUCCUUUUUUAUUUUUUAUACUAAAAAGAAAAAAAAAAAAGACAGGUUUUAAAAAGGUAUGAAAGCACGAUUUUAGAUGAUUUAACUGGCCGAAACUACACAAAGUUGGUUAUAUCUUGAUGUCUGUAAAAGAUUGCUGUUCUUGGAGUCUUGGAGUCUUGUGAAAUGAUUUCCUGCUUUCUUUCUUCCUUUCCUUUUUGCUUUCCUUUUUUAAGUUAAGGGACAAAGAUUUACACUUUCCUUUCUUUGUGUAAGUUCCUAUUGGACAGUUUUUGGGAACAUGUGCAUUUCUGUAUGUGGGCUUCUACCAUAUCCCUGUUGCUUUAUGGACAACCUUUAGAAUUUUUAUUUGAGUUGUUGUGAUGUUAUUGCUUUUUUUCCCUUUCUUUUUCUUCCUUUUUGAUUCUUUUUCUUUUCUUAUUAGCAUUUUGUUUAAAGAUAUGCUUAGCAAUAAAAUGUUCUUCCCAAA